CGGCCCCCUCACGAGUCGGAACGCCCAACUAACAAAUCAGCACCCUCAUCGGUUCGAAACCGGAACGGGGUUUUGGUUCUAUGGUCCAGACUCCAGAGUCCAGCAGUCCGCUACCCGCCCGCCCCACCGCCACCGGUAAGUUAUAUAGGUAGGGGGUGGCCUGCCCCCCUGGCUUCGGCUCUCCGUCCCAACUCCCGCCGCCAUGUUCGCUUGGAACACCGUCGGCCAGAGGCUCUGCGCCCGCCGCAUCCUCUGCUUCCUCAGAGCCCGCUGCCUUCAAGGCGCCGCCCAUCAGCUGGAGAAGGGUACGGCGGUGUUCUUCGAUGUGUCCCACCUCGGGCACCUGGCCAGAUCCGCGCGCUGGGACGAGCUCACCUCCUACGUCGGCCGUUUCAUGCCCUUCCACUCGGGGCCGCCAUCUCCUCAGGCCUCGAGAUUCUUGCGCUGCCUCCACGUCUAUACCGUGCUCGGCAGGAUCGCUGCCGGCGGCAAGCACGCGGAAGGCGUCCGCACUAUGUUCCCGCUCCUCGACGCCGCCGCGGCCGCGGCCAAUCCCCGAACGGCCGCUUUGCACGCCUUCUUCCACCGCGUGCUACAAAGCCCACCCAGAGAUUUCGCUGAUCUGAUGCGGAUCUGGGCGGUGGCCGCAGAAAGGCUAAAGGAUUUGGCCCUUGAGUGCCCAGAACUGAAAGGGAAGCUACACUUGCCAAACACUGCUCCAAAGUCUUGGCAGAUUAAUCUGUCUGGAGUGCCUCGGCCAGUUCUAAGGCCUUAUACAAAGAAAGUCAAUAAACAAAAAGCGCGUGAUCUCGCUUGUUUAAUUGAGGAAAAGAGACAAGAGAUACUAGGAAACCUUUCAGCGGUUUCCAGUGAUGAAACCUUUGAUUCUAUGCGAUAUGGCAUGCAAGUUGCACCAGCACCACCACUUGUUCAAACGCCAGGAGUGGAUGCAACUGCUGCUGCAGGAACAUUGGGACGAGGGGAUGGGAGCCGCGAAGAAGCUGGAGAAGAUGCAAGCAAGUGGGAGAAGAAGCGCAAGAUGAGCUCGACUGCGACGCCAGAGAUGACACAAGAUGCCAGUAGCACGCCUAGUACAAGAUCGAUGAAGGUGGCUAGGAAAGAUUAAUAACCGAUCUCCCCUCUGAACUUUGCUGCGUGGAUGUAUAGAAUAGGGUAGGAUAGGUUUGGACCGUCCAACCAAGCAUCACCUGCCAAUGCAAAAAGGUUUAUACUUGCCUCUGAUGCAUUCUGAAAGCCAAACAGCUGGUUUAAUUUCA